CAGGCUCACAUCCACAUCUGAAAGACUGAAACCCACAUAAGAAUCUCAGAAAUCAUAAAAAUUCAACCAAACUCCUUACUCUUGUAGUCUUGUCUCUCCACUUCCUCAGUCAGUGCGUCGCAGAUGGCAACUAGCCCUGGCUCGUUACUAGUGGUUGCUCGCCGUGCCAUUUUGAGCAACACCCACAUGACAGUGUUUCUCGGCCAACACCAGGGCCCACCUGCUCUCUUUGUUGCGCGCCACAUCUUUGCGUUGCGUAUCUCCGCCGCCGUCAACCCUUCGCGGCGACACCAUAGCGCUGCUCCUCUUGCUCAAGAAUUAGCUGUGACACGGACAGAAAAUGCUAUGAGUAUAAGAGGAGUCCCCCUGACUUUAUUAGCCUCGGAGAAGGAAGAAGCCAAGGCUGUUUUGACAUUAUUCCUGAAAAAACAAGGAUUGGGAAGUGCAGCUGCAUCACGAACCAUAAACAAGUCAGAUCUUUUUAUUGAUCACCUCGUGUCCCAGCUUCACUCCAUCCAUAAAUCUCGGUAUCUCGUAGGUAGAGAGCUGACAACCCUGGAAAUAAGAGAUGCUCUUAUUCCUUACCUUGAAAACCUGCUACAAGAGCAUGGAAGUAAUCUCGUUGAUGUAGUAGAAGAGUUUCCAAAUAUGCCUGUUAAAGAAAAAGUAGCAGCAGAAGUUGUGUCUCCUAAUGUGAUUAUAGAUUCUAAAAAGCUGCCUGAUUUAACUGUCAAAUCUCGAAAGCUUAAGGCUAUGGCUCGGGUUAGUGGAUCUGUCCCAACAGAUCAGCUUCCCCAGCAUGUUCUUUAUCUGAUUGAUCUUGGAAUGGAACUCGAGGACAUCCAGCAGGUUACUCGGAAGUUCCCAGCUUUUGCCUACUACAGUUUGGAAGGAAAAAUCAGGCCUGUGGUUGAGUUUCUUCUUGAACUUGGAAUUCCGAAAUCAGAACUUCCUAUCAUUCUUCGUAAGCGACCGCAAUUAUGUGGAAUCAGUCUUUCUGAAAACCUAAUACCUACCAUGAAGUUCUUGGAGAGCUUGGGUCUGGACAAGGAAAAAUGGGCAAAAGUGAUAUACCGCUUUCCCCCCCUCCUUACUUACAGCAGGCAGAAGUUAAUGUCAACAGUUGAUUUUCUAUACGAAAUGGGUCUCACAGUGCCGGAUGUUGGCAAAGUUCUGACACGUUGUCCAAACAUUAUAAGCUAUAGUGUAGAGGAGAAUUUGCGGCCAACAGCGGAGUAUUUUUCUUUGCUUGGUGUAAAUGUGGCUGUGGUUCUGCAAAGAUCACCACAGACUUUUGGGUUAAGUAUAGAGGGAAAUUUAAAGCCCGUGACAGAAUUUUUCAUGGAGAGGGGAUAUACUUUGGAGGAUUUAAGAACCAUGAUUCAAAGGUAUGGGACGUUGUAUACUUUUAGUUUGGAAGAAAAUAUGAUGCCGAAAUGGGAAUUUUUUUUAACCAUGGACUAUCCCCGGUCAGAACUUGUCAAGUUUCCCCAAUUCUUUGGCUACAGUUUGGAAGAGAGGAUUAAGCCUAGGUAUGCUCUUGUUAAGCAGUAUGGGGUAAACUUGCUACUGAACCAAGUGUUGUCUUUAUCAGAUGGUGAACUUGAUAAAGUUUUGAAAAGAAAGUUGAAACAAAAGAAUCUGAAGGAAAGCCUGUAGACUGUAUUGGUGUAUUCUUUUUGAUGGCUUCUCAUAUAGGCGGUUUUGUUAGUUGACUGGAAAUAUGUUUGAUUUGAGGUAGUAGAAUGUCAUGUUGGAAUAUGUACUUUGUAAUUAGUUCAGUAUUCUUUAAGAGCGAGGAAUUGUGAACAGAAUGAUCAGACUGUUCCACACAAUGGGCAUUUUUUGCUUUCUGAAUCUUGUUACAACGUUGAUUGUUACUCCCUCUAUCUAUUGGUAAAUGUAUACCCAAAUAUGGGAUGGAGGGAGUUCAUGUCUAACUUGCUCUUUGCUUAUACAUGAACAAAAGCAUUGCUCUCGUUUCUUCA